AUGGACGAGCCUGUUCCCGCAUGCGAAACUGGCAAUGAAUAUGAUGGCCAGUUGGGUUUGCGAAUCUCUGCCAUUUUUGUCAUUCUCGUUGGCUCGGGGUUAGGUGCUCUAUUUCCCAUCUUUGCCAAUCGACAUCGAAAUCUAGGAGUACCAGAUUGGGUCUUCUUUUUUGUCAAAUUUUUUGGUUCGGGGGUGAUCGUUGCCACAGCCUUCAUUCAUCUGUUAGCUCCUGCAAACGAGGCCCUUGGCGAAGCUUGUCUAGCCGAUACCGUCAUUGCCGAAUACCCAUGGCCAGAGGGUAUCUCCUUGAUGAUGAUAUUUGUCCUCUUCUUCAUUGAAUUGAUGGUCACCCGAGUAUUGAUGAAAGCAGAGCGUACGAAUAACAAACAAUCAAUCAAGAAGGAGGAUAAGACCCUGUAUAUGCUUGCUGCCAAAGGUGCAAGCAACGGAUCCAAUUCACGUCGAGCCAGCUUCGUGCCAGGAGCCGAUCACUAUGGCCAUAGCGAGCAACAUGUUGACAUCGAAGAUGCCUUUACCCGUUACGAUCCGACACUCGAUAAUUACGCUGCCCAGAUGACUGCUAUUUUCGUCCUAGAAUUUGGUGUUAUCUUCCAUUCGAUUUUUAUUGGUCUAACUCUUGCGGUGGCUGGCGAAGAAUUCAGGACGCUGUAUGUUGUAUUGGUGUUCCAUCAGACCUUUGAGGGCCUAGGUCUGGGUAGUCGGCUUGCGGUGACACCAUGGCCAGAGAAGAAGAGCUGGACCCCAUAUAUACUCGCCUUGGCUUAUGGUCUCACCACUCCUGUCGCAAUCGCCAUAGGUCUCGGUGUGAGGGAAAGCUACCCACCUGGUGGCCAAGCCACCUUGAUCGUCAACGGCGUCUUCGACUCGAUCAGUGCGGGUAUCCUGAUCUACACUGGUCUGGUGGAGCUCAUUGCGCAUGAAUUCAUGUUUAGCCGUGCAAUGAUGAAUGCGCCGAUAAAAUUGACUUUACUUGCAUUCGGGUUCAUGUCCUUGGGAGCUGGAUUGAUGGCCUUACUUGGUAAUUGGGCUUGA